CCCAGCUGUUUGUUUUCUUUUCCUGAAAAUUUUUUUUAACCAACUAAAAUCCUUGAGAAAAGAAAAUUAUUUAAUGAAAAAUAACAAAUAAAUGCAUAAAAACUUGGGAAAUUUAUUGAUUUUCGAUAAUAAAUAAAGUUAAAGUUGCAAAUAAAGUGAAAACAUGAUGAAAAUAAAGUGAAAUGUGAGCAAAAGAAAAAAACGUGAAAUCACAGACAAAACUAUCUCUAUUGGAAGAAGAAAAGCAAACACACACGUUGCCACAGUGGCAAUAAUAACGAAAACAAGACACAUUCACUCGUUACAGCCAGCAAAGUGAAAAGGGUUUUUCUUAAUUAGUACAGUCCAAUUGGGACAGAUUUGCGUUAAUUUGUACUAGACUCGAAUAGUAGGGGCGAAUCGCAUAAUACCUCAUGCAAGAUGCAUCUCAAUCAUGCUACAGCCGUAAGUGCGGCCGCCAUGGUCAACUAUCAACAUUAUGCACCGGCACAAAUUUCCACUUCCCACGGGGUGACGUCUUCGGGUCAACAACAGACAACAAUAUCUGCAGCUGGACUGCAGCAAACACCCUUUACGCUGCAUCAAUUAACAGCGGUACAAGCCAUACAACAUCCCACACAUCAAGCCAUGCUACAUCCACAACAUCCAUUGGUUCAUUUACUGGACAUUUCAACAACGGCGGCAGCUUCCUCAUCGCUAAAUAAUAAUCCUGCACCUAUCACGCCGAUGCCAGUGACUAAAAUCGAAAUGCCCGAAGAGAUGCCCGAUCCAAUAAUUGAUGAUCCACGCAAAAAGAAACAGUGCCACAUUUGUAAAAACAAAUUUCGCCAAUUAACCACACUGCGAAACCACAUGAAGAUACACACCGACGAAAGACCCUACAAGUGUAAACACUGCGACAAGGCCUUUCGCCAAAUAUCGACACUCACGAAUCAUGUCAAGAUUCACACUGGCGAGAAACCAUUCAAAUGCAAUAUAUGUUCUAAGGACUUUCGACAACAAUCGACAUUGAUAAAUCAUAUUAAAACGCAUAAGGUUUUUGCUUCACUUGCAGAAUCAAAUCAAACACCAGCUUCAAUACUAAACUAUCAGACGCAACAGACGCAGGGUACUUCACGAAAGGGACACACAAAGUCGAUUGUACAUUCUGCAGCAGCAGCUGCUGCUCAGGCUCAAUUAAUACAUCAGCAGCAGAUGCAACAACAACAGCAGCAACAAGGACAAAGUACAAUUGUAACGUAUACGCCACAGCAAAGACAAAACAUUACGAAGAGCCUGUACACAGGCAGUUACAAUUCGCCGCAGGCCGAUGAGCUGGUCAAGCCGUACCAGUGUAAGAUCUGUCAAAAGCGUUUCCCACAACUAAGUACCCUGCAUAAUCAUGAACGUACGCAUAUUGAUCCAAAACCUUAUAAAUGCGAUACAUGCGAAAAGUCAUUUAGUCAACUGGCAACAUUGGCAAAUCAUAAGAAGAUACAUUCGGGUGAUAAGCCCUAUGCUUGUGCUUAUUGUUGCAUGACGUUCCGUCAACAAAGCACCCUUAACAAUCACAUGAAGACACAUGCCAAUCAAGUGGCCACCAUAACAACCAACUCUACAACAGCAGGCACAGUAAUAGGAGGAGGAGGAUCAGUGGUGCAAGUAGGGAAUCAUCAUCAUCCUCACCAUCAUCAGGCUGGUGGUAAUAACAUCCCUUUAGCAGCAGCUACCAUAAUGGUGACACCAACCGCUUCAGGACACCUUCAAAUUCAGCCACAAGUAGAACACCAUCCCUUGUUACACUUUCUAGACAGCAAUACAACCGUUAGCACUCUGAGCACGAAGGAACAGUUUGCAUCAGCGAACAACAACAACAACCACAACAUCACCACCAGUACAGGCAUUGUACCCCACUGUUUACGCAACAGUUGUCCUGAUCGUCCAUUUAUGUGCAGUGUCUGCCGCCGGACUUUCUCCCAGCAGAGUACACUAACAAAUCACUUGAAGACCCAUACCGGUGAAAAGCCCUAUAAAUGUAAAAUAUGCGAAAGUCAUUUCAGACAAUUGUCCACACUAAAUAAUCAUAUGAAAAUACAUACGGGCGAGAAGCCCUAUGCUUGUUCCUAUUGUCCUAAGCAAUUUAGACAAAAAAGUACACUAACAAAUCAUGUACGUAUUCAUACUGGCUGAGGCAGAGUCGAAGGAGAAGAAUCAUACUAAAAACUUCUUUCAAUUUCACAGAAACACAAUAACAUCUCAUUCAAUCACACACUCAUCUAACUUCACGCAUAAAUACUAUACGUACGAUUUGCGCUAAGGAGGAGGGAGGCGCGGGGGGUUCGUAUUAAACAAAAGUUAUUGAUUCUAUGAAUUUGUUUGUUGACAUUUUUCAUUUACUUUUUUUGUUUAGAUGGUUAUUAUAUCCUUGUUGCUGCAGUUGGAAAUCGUUUAAUUUUGUAAAUAUAACAAUGAAAUUAUAUGUAAAUUGCAUAUUUAUUCUAACGACAUACAUACACAAACAAACAUACAUACGUGCAUACAGGAUUUAAAACAUAAACAAAUUUAAAAUUUAAUUUUAAAAUUAUUUUCCAAUUGCAAUUAAUUCUAUAAGAAUUAAUUUUAAACAAAAUUAAACCGUUUUAUGUUUACUUUGGAUAAAUCAAAAAUAUUUCUUGUCACAAAUCCUCUCGCCACCUUCCUAGAAAACAGAAAUUCAUACAAACAAACAAACAUACUAUACAUGCUAUCUUUAGAACAAAAACGAAAAACAACAAAAGUUAAGAAGCAAAAUAUCUUCUUAAUAAAAUAGAAGUUACUGUUUUUUCUUUAGAAGAAUUUCUUAGAAAUUCGUUAAAACUAAAAACUAAAUUUUAGGCUUAGAGUUUUGAUGUUCGUUAAACUAAAUCUCUUUCCUCUCCCCGCAGAGACAAAACAAAAACAAUUAAACACACAAAAAAAACUAUCUAGGGUAUACAAAAGAAGCUCCUUCUUCUCUUUCUAAGACACAAACUGCUGUGCAGCCAUACUCUACAAAACUCUACAUACAUACAUAAAAAAAACUCUUAGAGUUAAUUGAAAGAUUGCUCUCUUCUUGUGUAAUAAUAAAUUAAAAAUUAAAUACUAUUAUAAAAAAUAAAUAAAUACAGGGUGUUAAACAUUACUUUCCUUCUCCUAUUCUGUUGCUGUCUUAAUAAUAUUAUUAUAAUUCCUUUAAAUGAACUUAUUGUUUAAGUUUAUUCAUAUUUUGCUUUAAUUUAAUAAAGUUUUCUCUUUAAAUUACUUUUUUUAUACAAUAUUUUAGUUAUUUCCCUACUUUAUUUAAAUUAAAUAAGCUUUGCUUUUUAUCAACCUUCUUUUUAAACAAAACUAUUUAAUUUUAAACUUAUUUUUAACGUACACGUGUUAGUAACUACUACUACAUACUACUAUAGCAUAGAUUUAUGCGGAAAAAUCAUACCAUAAAACAUCAGAGUAAAUUGAACGAAAAUAUGAAAAUAUAAACAAAAUAAUUGCAAAAUUAAUAAAACAAAACUAUGGAAAAAUAAAAAUUUAAAAGAAAAAAAUAUAUAUAGAAAGUAUUUUAUCAUGUAUAAUUUUUUUUGUAAUGAUUUUUUUAUACGUUGAAUUUUUUGAAAAACAACAACAACAACAAUAAUUGAUAAUGUACUUAAAAAUAAAAAAAAGUAUAUAAAAAUUAUAAUAAACGUUUAAAAAUAAAGUAUGUUUACAACAUAA